AUGGUCAGAGCAGAGAGUGACGUCCACAUGGUCAGAGCAGAGAGUGACGUCCACAUGGUCAGAGCAGAGAGUGACGUCCACAUGGUCAGAGCAGAGAGUGACGUCCACAUGGUCAGAGCAGAGAGUGACGUCCACAUGGUCAGAGCAGAGAGUGACGUCCACAUGGUCAGAGCAGAGAGUGACGUCCACAUGGUCAGAGCAGAGAGUGACGUCCACAUGGUCAGAGCAGAGAGUGACGUCCACAUGGUCAGAGCAGAGAGUGACGUCCACAUGGUCAGAGCAGAGAUGACGUCCACAUGGUCAGAGCAGAGAGUGACGUCCACAUGGUCAGAGCAGAGUGACGUCCACAUGGUCAGAGCAGAGUGA